AUUAUUCUCUUUCGGCGCCGAGAGUGAGGCGGAUAUGCCGCUGGGAAUGACGAUGACGACAGUUACUAUUUGCAUGAUAUUGGCCAAAACAGUCCUUCAUCAUGAAGUUCAGACACGCAUGCAACGUCGGGCUGCUUAUGGCGUGGCAUAUGUACGGCGGCUAGCAGCCUUUGGAUUGGCGGCAUCCAAGGACUCGUCUAUGCAGCAGCAGCAGCAGCAGCAGCCGAAGCGCCACUGGGUGCUUGCGUGGGGUGCAGUAGGAACAGGAGUGGUGCAGCGAUUGGAGCUGAUGAGUGGCCGGCAAAGCGAAGGGAAGGAUGUUGCAGGGAAGGAUGUUGCAGGGAAGGAUGUUGCAGGGAAGGAUGUUGCAGGGAAGGAUGUUGCAGGGAAGGAUGUUGCAGGGAAGGAUGUUGCAGGGAAGGAUGUUGCAGGGAAGGAUGUUGCAGGGAAGGAUGUUGCAGGGAAGGAUGUUGCAGGGAAGGAUGUUGCAGGGAAGGAUGUUGCAGGGAAGGAUGUUGCAGGGAAGGAUGUUGCAGGGAAGGAUGUUGCAGGGAAGGAUGUUGCAGGGAAGGAUGUUGCAGGGAAGGAUGUUGCAGGGAAGGAUGUUGCAGGGAAGGAUGUUGCAGGGAAGGAUGUUGCAGGGAAGGAUGUUGCAGGGAAGGAUGUUGCAGGGAAGGAUGUUGCAGGGAAGGAUGUUGCAGGGAAGGAUGUUGCAGGGAAGGAUGUUGCAGGGAAGGAUGUUGCAGGGAAGGAUGUUGCAGGGAAGGAUGUUGCAGGGAAGGAUGUUGCAGGGAAGGAUGUUGCAGGGAAGGAUGUUGCAGGGAAGGAUGUUGCAGGGAAGGAUGUUGCAGGGAAGGAUGUUGCAGGGAAGGAUGUUGCAGGGAAGGAUGUUGCAGGGAAGGAUGUUGCAGGGAAGGAUGUUGCAGGGAAGGAUGUUGCAGGGAAGGAUGUUGCAGGGAAGGAUGUUGCAGGGAAGGAUGUUGCAGGGAAGGAUGUUGCAGGGAAGGAUGUUGCAGGGAAGGAUGUUGCAGGGAAGGAUGUUGCAGGGAAGGAUGUUGCAGGGAAGGAUGUUGCAGGGAAGGAUGUUGCAGGGAAGGAUGUUGCAGGGAAGGAUGUUGCAGGGAAGGAUGUUGCAGGGAAGGAUGUUGCAGGGAAGGAUGUUGCAGGGAAGGAUGUUGCAGGGAAGGAUGUUGCAGGGAAGGAUGUUGCAGGGAAGGAUGUUGCAGGGAAGGAUGUUGCAGGGAAGGAUGUUGCAGGGAAGGAUGUUGCAGGGAAGGAUGUUGCAGGGAAGGAUGUUGCAGGGAAGGAUGUUGCAGGGAAGGAUGUUGCAGGGAAGGAUGUUGCAGGGAAGGAUGUUGCAGGGAAGGAUGUUGCAGGGAAGGAUGUUGCAGGGAAGGAUGUUGCAGGGAAGGAUGUUGCAGGGAAGGAUGUUGCAGGGAAGGAUGUUGCAGGGAAGGAUGUUGCAGGGAAGGAUGAUGUUGCAGGGAAGGAUGUUGCAGGGAAGGAUGUUGCAGGGAAGGAUGUUGCAGGGAAGGAUGUUGCAGGGAAGGAUGUUGCAGGGAAGGAUGUUGCAGGGAAGGAUGUUGCAGGGAAGGAUGUUGCAGGGAAGGAUGUUGCAGGGAAGGAUGUUGCAGGGAAGGAUGUUGCAGGGAAGGAUGUUGCAGGGAAGGAUGUUGCAGGGAAGGAUGUUGCAGGGAAGGAUGUUGCAGGGAAGGAUGUUGCAGGGAAGGAUGUGGCAGGGAAGGAUGUUGCAGGGAAGGAUGUUGCAGGGAAGGAUGUUGCAGGGAAGGAUGUUGCAGGGAAGGAUGUUGCAGGGAAGGAUGUUGCAGGGAAGGAUGUUGCAGGGAAGGAUGUGGCAGGGAAGGAUGUUGCAGGGAAGGAUGUUGCAGGGAAGGAUGUUGCAGGGAAGGAUGUUGCAGGGAAGGAUGUGGCAGGGACGGAUGUUGCAGGGAAGGAUGUGGCAGGGAAGGAUGUGGCAGGGACGGAUGUGGCAGGGACGGAUGUGGCAGGGACGGAUGUGGCAGGGAAGCUCUGCCAUGACCCGUCUCGGGACUCGUUCCCGUUGAAUCCACGCUGUCCAAUGGGAAUGGCUGGGCCUGCGAUGUGCGAGUGGGGUGGGGGCAUCACUGUGGGUGUCGAGCUGGACGAUGAAAGCUGGACGAUGACUGCGCCGCCUCACACCCGCCGCUGCACCACCGCCAUCGGCGCCGCUGCCGGAAACCUCAGCUCCUGCUUCUCCAACGCCGACUCCUGCCCCACGGAUUCACCAACUUCUGCCCGACGGAUUCCUGGCCCUAUGGUGCAGACGUGGCGGAUGCAAGGGAGAGGCUGCAGGCGAGGCUGGGCUGGGCGGGGCUGCUGGGUGCCCCGUGGCGGUGUUCUUCCUCCAGGACGAGCGCCGGGAGUGGAGCUCCAGCUAAUAGGUACUGGUAGCCAGGACCGAAGCUUCGCAUGGCUGCUCACAUCCCACUGCCACUUCGGAUCGGAUGCCUAUUGUGUUUGUGGCUUCGAAUGGAAUUGCACGUCACAUAGGCGACUUCUGCCCCACGGACUCCCACCCCCAAGGCGCGGGUGCACUGAUCAACCAGGCAGAGGCUGCUCACGUGAUGGAGGUGUGCGAGAGGCUGCAGGUGAAGCUGGCCGAUGGGUGCCACGUGGCGGUGCGGUAUCUGAGGACGGACGAGGACAGGGAGAAGGAG